UAGCCUUUAGGGAGCCAUCUUGUCUCUUCUCAAAUAGAAGUGGAAAAGGCGCGAAAGGCGCUCGCGUGUGAUAUCAAUGUUAUAUAUUUUUAAAUAAAUAUACAGCGUGCAUUUGUAAAUAAAACGAUAUAAAUCAAUACUAAAAAUAUCGAGAAACAAGAGCCUUCGAUAUCUAUAGAAAAUAACGAAAACUGUGAAAAAAAUAAAUACAGAGAAAAGGAUAUAUUUGCUAGCAAUGGUGCAUAUAACUAACGAAUCUGCUGGAAACCUGCUUUCAAAACCAGGAAAUGAAAAGCUACAGGAAUUGAAGAGACAGUCAGUACAAUAUGAAGACUUGACCAGUGAUUUUGAUGAUAAAUUGGUCGAAUUCUCCAAGCAAUUCUGCAGCAUAUAUGCAGUAAGAUUGGCAGAGUUGAGAGAGACAUUGAUAUCACGAGUUGUCGCAAAAUGGGGAGAAGUUCAGAUACUGAAGUUAGCAGAAUUGGAAGAUUUUGAAGGACAAGAGUGUGUGAUAAUUGGUACACUUUAUAAACACCAAAAGUGGAAGCCAUCGAUAUUACAUGAAUUAAGUGAGGAUCAUCAACUAACAUUGCCUGAGCCAAAAUCUAAUUAUUGCUCAGAAAAGGAUCAACUCUUCUUGGAAGAUGAAAUGCUACGUAUCAAAUUAGUGGUCACGGAUGCUGAGUUGAAGAACUAUGUUACAGGUGUUGUGUGUGCCAUUUUAGGCUACAAAGACAAAAAUGGCAGUUUUGAGAUCAAGGAAUGGUGUUUUCCUGGUUGCAUGCCUAGAAGUUCACCAGCACCACACUCAAAAUCUAGUGGAAAGUUAGUGUUCCUAUCUGGACUUGACCUGGCAAAUACCUCAAACAAUGUAUCAUUACGUCUUUUAACCGAAUGGAUAUGUGGAAUGGCAGGAGAGAUAGAGGCGCAAGAAAACGUUACUAACAUUGCUCGAGUUAUUAUUGCUGGUAAUUCUGUCAAAACUGUCACUAAGACCAAUACAUUAAUUGGACACGUUGAAGGGAAGGCGCAGGAUGCCGCUAUAACAAAGGAAGUUGCUGUGGCAACGACACUUGUGGACGCAUUUCUUUCUGAAAUAGCAAAAUGUUGUUGCAUCACUUUAAUGCCAGGUCAGCACGAUCCCACCAAUGCUAUGUUGCCACAGAAACCACUACAUCCGUGUAUACUACCACUAACAUCUAGAUUUCAAAGUUUUAAAGGUGCGACUAAUCCGUGGAUUGGUAAAGUCGCCGAGCGUGUAAUAAUGGGCAGCAGUGGACAGCCCAUUGAAGAUAUCAUAAAAGCAACUGGUGAGACAGACAUUUCUCCUUUAGACUGGUUGGAAAGAACGCUGCUUUGGAAGCAUAUGUGCCCAACUGCUCCAGACACAUUACCAGUGAACCCUUACUCUGUAAAAGAUCCAUUUAUCAUAAACUACUGUCCGGACAUAUACUUUGUGGGUAACACUGAUAAAUUUGAGACAAAACUGUGGAAAGGUGAAGAAAAUCAGGUGGUCAGGUUAAUUUGUAUUCCAACGUUCUCUUCUACACAUAGUGCAGUUACAGUGGAUAUAGAAACUCUGGAUACUGAUUUCAUUUGUUUUGGAAGUGGAUGAGUACAUAUGCAUGAAUAAAGUUAUGAUUUAUCUGGAUACAGUUAAAUAAAAAUAAAUAAUUUACUAAGUGACUUUCUUAUUUCAAAUCGUGUCACUGGUAUUAAUCUUUAUAUUUUUGUACUUUUAUAGUGUUAUUUUUGAAAUAUAUGAAAACUUGAAAAUAAAAUUAUUUUGUAUUUUGAUAAUAGUAGUAUAUUUCGUCUUACGUGAGAGAAUGCAGUUGCAAAAUGUAUACAGUAUUUUCAUAAUUAUUUAUUGUAAGUUAAUAUAUCAAAAAGAUACUUGAAGCAAAACUUAAAAAAUACAGAAUUGUAGUAAAACUAUAGAAAUUUGCUUCCUGGUGUUAGUCACAUUAUUUUAGUAAUAAAGAAGUGCUGUGUAUGUGUAUGUGAAGACAGAUAAGUACAUACAUAUACAGACGAAUGCUUGUAUGAGAAUUUGCAUGUUGUGAAAGAAAGAACAAUUUCUGUUGUCACCUAUUUUUAUUUGCAUUUCGUAAAAGUGAUAUACAAAAUUGAAACGCAUGCGAUUUUUUAAGAAUUCGUAGACAUUUUACCUGGUUAUAAAACUUUUAAUACGAAAGAAAAUACAUGUAG